AUGGACCACCUCCCCCGUGUAUCAGAGGUCCUGUUUACUGGUCUGUGUCGAAUGAUUGGAUCACCGACAGAAGUGGCCAUUAGGAGGGACGUGAAGGACAUAGUUGAUAUGAUGAUGAAACCUUUUUAUAGGCAAAUAGGAUUUGUACAGAUGAAAAGUGGUAGUUAUGGAGAGGGAUUUAGGCUUAGUUCAUCUGACCUGGAUAAAAUGUUUUGGUUUUGUAAUGAUAAACUAAUAACUGAUAUCUCUCAGGCUCGGGUUUAUAACACAUCAAAAUAUGAUAUUAUAUUAAUGGAAGAUUCUGACACACCACCAGGAUUUUGGGAUAUUCUAGUCCCAUUAGCCUUUGCAAUUGCAAAAAGUACUUCAUGCUGCACACAUAAAAGAGUAUACAUCUUAGAUAGAAUGAUUUGUAACAUGCUUAAACUUGCAGGAUGUUUAUGUCAUGUGUCUCAUUCACUAUAUCUAGCAUUAUAUUACUAUAGAACAAGGAGAUAUGAUAAGUCAUUGCAUAACACUUAUCUUACUAAACACAGAGUAUCGCAGCCCUAUGUCAUGAUUAUGAAAACUGUAGAUAGACAAAUAUAUAAUGAAGCUGUUAGUAAUCUCUCUUUGUCGAAAAAGAUGAAAACUGCAUGGGUAGAAAUGUUGUCUGUGUUACCUCACUACAGAUUAGGUAAUAGAUCUCAGUGUCUACAGUCAGUGACAGACCUGCAGACACUUCUGCUCUAUGAUGAUGGGAGAUGUAUUCCUCUAGAAACUAGAGACAUAUCCUGGCAAAUACUAGGCAUUUGCCAACAUCUUGUGGGAGACUUACACGGGGCGUUACGGUCUUUUGGAGAGUCGUGUAGACAGCAACCACACCAUAGAAUACAGGAAGCUAUAUAUAUUAGGAUAGGAUGUGUUCAACGAGAAUUACAUAGAAAUAGGCAAACAUAG